ACCUCGCGGCUAGACCGCUGAGAGUCUGCUCCCCGAGCCGGUUGCUCAGCUGCUUCUCAGCGCGGGUCGAAUCCACCUCUCGCGGGAUCCAGGCCCAGCUCGACGGCAACUCUCUCCUCGACGCCUCGCCGUCGCCAUGGUUCACUUCUUGCACCCGGGCCUUUCGCCCCGGACCAUCGUCCCCCCGGACGCUCGGAAGGAUAUACUAGGCUGCCUUGUGGUGCAGGAGGAGGCAUCUCCCUACUCUUUGGUCAACAUAUGCCUGAACAUCCUGGUUGCUAACCUGGAGAAAUUGUGUUCUGAAAGAUCUGAUGGAACACUUUGUCUUCCGGAGCAUUGGAGUUUUCCUCAGGAAUUAGCUGAUCGAUUCGUUGGGAUGAUGACUUGGCAAGGCAAGCUGACUGAUAGAACAGCAAGCAUUUUCCAAGGCAACCAAAUGAAACUGAAGCUGGUCAACAUUCAGAAAGCUAAAAUAUCCACAGCUGCAUUCCUGAAAGCCUUCUGCCAUCACAGACUCACUGAACUGGAUGCUACUGCAGCAUGCACUGACCUCUCCAUCCCAGACAUCCUCGGUGGGCUCUGCAGCAACAGCUGGAUCCAAGAAAACCUCCGACGUCUCGUCUUGGACUCAACAAGCAUCCCUCGAGAUUCAAGACCAUUGUUCUUUGGUCAGCUCACUGGUCUUCGAGUUUUAAGCGUUUUCAAUGUUUGUUUUCAUAGUGAAGACCUGGUUAAUGUUACGCAGUUACCAAAACUGGAAAGCUUGGAUAUCUCUAAUACUCUGGUCACUAACAUCUCUGCACUCCUUACCUGUAAGGAUCGACUCAGAUCUCUUACAAUGCACUAUCUAAAAUGUCUGACCAUGACCACACCACAGAUUCUCGCAGUCAUUAGAGAACUUAAAUGUCUGCUUCACCUUGAUAUUUCUGAUCACAGGCAACUUAAGUCAGAUCUAGCUUUUCAUUUGCUACAGCAGAAAGAUAUUCUGCCCAAUAUUGAGUCCCUGGACAUUUCUGGGGGUAGUUACAUCACUGAUGGAGCUGUAGAACUAUUUAUACAACAACGGCCUGCGAUGCAGUUUGUGGGACUGUUGGCUACAGAUGCUGGUUAUUCUGACUUCUUUUCUGCAAAGGAAGGCUUGAGGGUUGCUGGAGGAGCCAAUGUAAGCCAGAUUUCAGAAGCUCUGAGCUGCUACAGGAAUAGAUCAUGUUUUGUGAAGGAAGCCCUCUACAGGCUCUUCACAGAGACAUUUUCAAUUCAAGUAACCAUGCCUGCUAUUUUAAAGCUUGUGGCUGUAGGAAUGAGGAAUCAUCCAUUGGAUUUGCCAGUGCAGUUCACAGCCAGCGCUUGUGCCCUCAACUUAACGCGCCAGGGCCUGGCCAGGGGGAUGCCUGUUCGUCUGUUGUCAGAGGUUACCUGUCUGCUUUUCAAGGCUUUGAAAACUUUCCCCCAUUACCAGCAGUUACAGAAGAAUUGUCUUCUCUCCUUAACCAAUUCCAGGAUUCUUGUGGAUGUUCCAUUCAAUAGGUUCGAUGCUGCCAAGUUUGUUAUGAGAUGGCUCUGUAAGCAUGAAAACCCCAAGAUGCAAGCCAUGGCAGUGAGCAUAAUCUCUAUUCUCGCCCUGCAGCUCUCACCUGAGCAAACUGCACAACUUAAAGAGGAGGUUUUCAUGGCAGUUAAGGAACUUCUAGCAAUAGUAAAACAAAAGACUGCUGAGAGUCUAGAUGAUGUCACCCUCUUGUUUACUUUGAAAGCACUUUGGAAUCUUACAGAACAAUCUCCAGCUGCUUGUAGGCACUUUAUUGAAAAUCAAGGAUUGGCAAUCUUCAUCCAAGUCUUAGAGACUUUUUCAGAGACAGCAAUACAAAGCAAAGUACUUGGUCUUUUGAACAACAUAGCUGAAGUCAGAGAACUCUUUUCCAAGCUGAUUACUGAAGAUGUGGUAAAGCAUAUCAGCAGCUUGCUCCAUAGCAAGGAAUUGGAAGUCAGCUAUUUAGCUGCAGGCAUCAUUGCCCACCUGACAUCUGACAAACAGCCCUGGAUAUCCUGUGACCUCCAGAGGAGAGUGCUUCUCCAGGAUCUGUAUACAACCAUCCAGAAUUGGCCAAGUUCAAGUUGUAAGAUGACAGCUUUGAUCACUUACAGAUCCUUCAAGGCAUUUUUCCCGCUCCUUGGCAACUUCUCUCAACCAGAGGUUCAGCUCUGGGCACUAUGGGCCAUGUAUCAUGUCUGCAGUAAAAACCCCAGCAAAUACUGCAAAAUGUUAGUUGAAGAAGAAGGAUUGCAGCUUUUGUGUGACAUCCGGGAACACAGUGAGGCAGACCCCCAAGCACAGCAGAUUGCAGCCUCCAUUGUAGAUGACUUCAAAAUGCAUUUUAUGAAUUACCAGAGACCCUCUCUUUGUUGAAGGCCCUUCUUAACCUCAGGGCCUCAGAGGUGUUG